AUGGAUAAUCAGCUGCCAAAUGUCGCUGGACGGCGGCGAACCCGUGGUGCGGAGGCUACUGCUCGUGCAAGUGCCUUAGAACGCCUCAAAGCCCUACGUUCCGGUGGCCGCCGCUCCGGUUCGGGGGCUGGAUACGAUAUCAAGAUGGAAAAUCCUGUAUUUGAUACAGUCGAUGAAGAGGAGUAUGACGCCCUGGUGGCUCGCCGUCGCGAGGAGGCUAAAGGAUUUAUCGUCGAUGACGACGGCCUCGGCUACGGGGACUUGGGCGAAGAAGAGGAUUGGUCCCUGGCGGGGAUGCCUCCAUCAUCUGAUGAAUCUGAUGGUGAGAGACCGAAAAAGAAGAAAGCGGAGAAGAAAGAAAAAGAGAAACAACCUAAGAAGAUUAAUUCAUCUCUAUCAGCUGCUGCCGCAAUUAUGGGGAAGCAGAGGAUAUCAUCCAUGUUUACCACUUCAGUGUUCAAAAAGAGUAGGGAAUCUGAUAACGUUAAGAUUUCGGCUUGUGAUAGCAUUGUUGAUGAGGUUAUUGCGGAGUUUGGACCUGAUGAGGUCGAAAGAGAGAGGCGGAGGAGACUACAACUAGUAGCAAGGAGUCACAAGCCAGUAAGUUCUCCCACAGUUAAUAAUGCAAAGAGUGAGAAUCUGAUUGCUGGUGAUUUUAAUUUCAUGACAACGGUUGAGAAGGGGAGUGUUGUUUCAAAUAAUGGUGAUGGUGGGUUGGGCCCAGGGACAGAUUUUCAUUUUCUUGAGGAGAAAAAUUUAGUUGACUCAGAAGAUGUGGAUCAGCUGGGAGUUUCCGGUUCCUCUGAUUGUAAGUCUGAAAGGUAUGUGGAUGAAGAGAAAUCUGAGAGUCUGGUCGAAGUGAAAAUGGAGCCAGUGGUGGUCAAGAAGGAGGAGGAGGUUUAUAGUCUGAAUGCAAAGAUUACAGAAGAGAAGGAUCCAUCAUUGAGUGCUACAGCUGGGUGGAAGGAAGUAAGGAGUGUGAGUAAUGGGAAGGAUGACAAUGAUGCAAAGGAAGUAAAUAACAGUUCGAAUUGUGAGGAAGAAGCAGAUUUUGAUCUGGAUGUGGAUGGGUGUUUGCUUUUCUACAUUCUUGAUGCUUAUGAGGAGUUGUAUGGUUCUAACGCAGGGAAUCUCUAUCUCUUUGGGAAGGUCAAAGCUAGAAACACAUAUGGAAGCUGCUGCGUGGUUGUAAAGAACAUGCAGAGAUGUGUCUAUGCAAUUCCCAGUGGUUCUCUGUUCCAUGCUGAUGAGAUGAUGAAGUUGGAGAAAGACGUCCAAGAGUCUCAUAUUUCUACUACUGCUUUCCGUACACAGCUGCAAGACAUGGCAUCGGGAUUGAAGAAUGAAAUAGCAACUCAGUUGUUAAAUCUGAAUGUUUCCAGUUUUAGUAUGUCACCUGUUAAGAGAAGAUAUGCGUUUGAGCGUGCUGAUGUACCUGUGGGGGAGAAUUACAUACUUAAGAUCAAUUAUCCCUUCAAGGACCCGCCACUUCCAGUGAAUUUGAGGGGAGAAACUUUUUGUGCUCUGCUUGGAACUCAUAGCAGUGCUUUGGAGCUUUUUCUUGUGAAAAGGAAGGUAAAAGGACCUUCUUGGCUAUCAGUUUCAAAAUUUUCUAGCUGUUCGUCUUCUCAACGGGUUAGCUGGUGCAAGUUUGAGUUUACUGUUGACUCCCCAAAAGACAUAUGGACUGGAUCUUCCUCAAAGAACAGCAUAGAGAUUCCUCCAGUGGUUGUUACAGCAAUAAAUUUGAAAACUAUCAUCAAUGAGAAACAUAAUGUUAAUGAAGUUGUUUCUGCAUCUGUCAUAUGUUGUCACAAGGCUAAGAUUGACACUCCGAUGUUGGCAUCAGAAUGGAGGAAAUCUGGAAUAUUGAGCCAUUUUACUGUUGUUCGCAAGCUUGAUGGAGGAAUAUUUCCAAUGGGGUUCACCAAAGAGACCACAGAGAGGAAUUCAAAAGCAGGAUCGAAUGUGUUGGGCUUUGAAAGCAGUGAAAGAGCUUUGUUAAAUCGUCUGAUGAUUGAAUUGCACAAGUUAGAUAGUGAUGUUCUUGUGGGCCAUAACAUAUCUGGUUUCGACCUGGAGGUCCUCCUCCACAGGGCUCAGGCUUGCAGAGUGCCAAGCAGCAUGUGGUCCAAAAUAGGCCGUCUUAAGCGUUCCAUAAUGCCUAAGCUUACAAAAGGAAGUACUAUUUUUGGAUCUGGAGCAAGCCCAGGAAUCAUGUCUUGCAUUGCUGGUCGGCUCUUAUGUGAUACAUUUUUGUCUUCUCGUGAUCUGUUGAAAGAGGUUAGUUAUUCCUUGACACAGCUUGCUAAGACUCAGCUGAACAAAGAUCGCAGGGAGAUCGGUCCACAUGAUAUUCCUCGCAUGUUUCAAACAUCAGACUCCCUUUUGGAACUGAUUGAAUAUGCUGAGACAGAUGCAUGGUUAUCUAUGGAACUCAUGUUUCAUUUGAGUAUUCUUCCUCUUACUAGACAGCUGACCAAUAUCAGCGGCAAUCUCUGGGGGAAAACUCUUCAAGGUGCUAGGGCACAGAGAGUAGAGUAUCUUCUGUUGCAUGCAUUCCAUGGAAAGAAGUACAUUGUUCCAGACAAGAUUUCAUCUCAUACAAAAGAAAUGAAAACAGCAAAGCGAAGGAUAAACAAUAAUGCCGAUGACAGAAAUGUUGGUGCUUUGGAUGUGGAUGAUGCAAUUUUAGAUCACGAUACUUCACAGAAUGAUCAUGCAAAAAGCAAAAAGGGCCCUGCCUAUGCAGGAGGGUUGGUUUUGGAGCCAAAAAAGGGAUUAUAUGAUAAAUAUAUUUUACUUUUGGACUUUAACAGCCUAUACCCUUCUAUCAUCCAGGAGUACAAUAUCUGCUUUACUACUGUUGAAAGAUCUCCAGAUGGAUUAAUCCCCAGUUUACCAUCCAGCAAAACUACCGGACUUCUACCAGAGUUGCUGAGAAAUUUGGUUGAGAGGAGGAGAAUGGUCAAGUCAUGGAUGAAGACUGCAUCUGGUCUAAAGGUCCAGCAGCUCGACAUUCAGCAGCAGGCUCUAAAGCUUACUGCAAACAGUAUGUAUGGAUGCCUUGGGUUUUCCAAUUCAAGAUUUUAUGCAAAGCCUCUUGCAGAGCUUAUAACACUGCAAGGAAGAGAGAUUCUACAGAGUACCGUUGACCUUGUUCAGAACAAUUUGAACUUAGAGGUGAUAUAUGGAGAUACGGAUUCAAUUAUGAUUUACAGUGGACUAGAUGAUAUUGCAAAAGCAAAAGUGAUUGCUGGGAAGGUCAUCCAAGAGGUUAACAAGAAGUACAAGUGUCUUGAAAUUGAUCUUGAUGGCGUGUACAAGAGAAUGCUGCUUCUCAAGAAGAAAAAAUAUGCAGCUGUGAAGGUGCAGUUCAAGGAUGGCAUGCCGUAUGAGGUAAUUGAACGGAAAGGUCUUGACAUGGUCCGGCGAGACUGGAGCUUAAUAUCCAAGGAAUUGGGAGACUUUUGCCUCAGUCAAAUUUUGUCAGGAGGGUCAUGUGAGGAUGUUGUUGAAUCAAUACAUAACUCUCUCAUAAAGGUGCAGGAGGAUAUGAGGAAUGGGCAAGUAGCGCUGGAGAAAUAUAUUAUCACAAAGUCACUAACUAAACCUCCUGAAGCCUACCCAGAUGCGAAAAACCAGCCGCAUGUUAUGGUUGCUCUGCGAUUGAAGCAAAGUGGUUAUUCUUCUGGUUGCUCUGUUGGUGAUACAGUGCCUUACAUAAUAUGCUUUGAGCAGGAGUCUGGUUCAGGUGGUUCAACUGGGAUUGCACAGCGUGCUAGACAUCCUGAUGAAUUGAAAAGAGACGAUGGGAAAUGGAUCAUAGACAUUGAUUACUACUUGUCACAGCAAAUUCAUCCUGUUGUAUCACGUCUAUGUGCUUCAAUUCAGGGAACAAGCCCUGAGCGAUUGGCUGAUUGUCUAGGGCUUGACUCAUCAAAGUUCCAAAGUAAGUCAAGUGAAGCGGUCCGCAAUGAUCCUUCUCAGUCACUGUUACUUGCUGCCAAUGAUGAGGAGAGAUACCAGGACUGUGAACCAUUGAUCUUGUCGUGUCCCAGCUGCUUUGUUACUUUCAACUGCCCUGCUGUUUUCACUUACCUUUGUAUGUCAAUCUCUGAGAAGCCAACGAAGCCGCAAAUAGAUGAAUCUACAUACAAUUUCUGGCGUGUGUUACGUUGCCCAAAAUGCCCAGAGGAAGGUGAUAUGGGUAGAAUGUCUCCAGCAAUGAUAGCUAACCAGGUUAAAAGCCAAGCAGAGAGGUUUGUGUCAAGAUACUACAAGGGCCUAAUGACGUGUGAUGAUGAAACCUGUAAUUGCACCACCCGUGUUCCCAACCUUCGGGUGAUUGGUGAUUCUGAGAAAGGAACAGUUUGUCCAAACUACCCUCACUGCAAUGGCCGUCUUGUAAGAAAGUACGCAGAAGCAGAUCUCUACAAGCAACUGACGUAUUUCUGCUAUUUGUUGGAUACUGUACGUUGUAUAGAGAAGAUGGAGAGCAGCUCUAGAAUGUCACUGGAUACAGAGCUGACCAGAAUUCGGCCAAUGGUUGAUUUGGCAGCAGCAGCGAUUCAAAGGAUUCGGGACCGAUGUGCAUAUGGUUGGGUACAGUUGAAGGAUCUCAUUGUAACAGUUUGAAAUGAUAAAUUAUGCAUUUUUUUGUAGCAUAUAUUAUUGUUAGGUGAAAACCAAAGUUGCAAAUCGGCUAAACAUGGGAAAGAUGAUAGGUUUAUAAGUGUGGACAAUAUCUUCAUUGACACAAGUUCUUUUUGGGUA